AUGGGUCGGAGCCGAUCGGAAAACUGCCGGCGAUUUGAUGGGAACGGAGCUGUUUUUCACUCUAAACGCCGUCGUUUCAUGGAUUUUAGGAUUCGGUGCAAUCGAUGUACCGAGGUUUAUUCACUCCGAGGAUAUAAGCUGAGUUUUGCUGCUGUCAUUGUUGUCAAGGUUCUACUGUUUUUGCUGCUUUUGGAAGCUGCAUUUGCAACGGCCAAAGAAUAUAGAUUGCAAAGUUCAGGUGCUGAACAGAACAAAGACAUUAUAGAGAAACAUUCUUGCAUUCACGACCAGAUUGUCGAACAAAGAAAAAGACCUGGCCGAAAGGUGUACACUGUGUCUACUCAGGUCUAUAUUGAGCCUGAUGUUCAGAAGCCUCUCGAAAGAAAAGGAAGGGCUUUGCUUAGUGCAUCUGAAUUAUCAAGGAAUGAACUUGACUCCAAAGCCCCCAUUAGGAUUUAUUUAAAUUAUGAUGCUGUUGGACACUUAUCUGAUAGGGACUGCAGCAAUGUGGGUGACAUAGUGAAGCUGGGGGAGCCAAACGGUGCUUCUUUUUCUGGUGGUCCUUCUUGUGACCCACGCGGGAGUCCUCCAAUUUAUGGUGAUUGCUGGUAUAAUUGUACACUGGAUGAUGUAGCUGGGGAGGACAAAAAGUACCGUCUUCGUAAGGCUCUAGGGCAGACAGCUGAAUGGUUUAAGCGAGCCUUAUCUGUUGAGCCCGUGAAGGGUAAUUUGCGGUUGAGUGGAUACUCUGCCUGUGGUCAGGAUGGAGGGGUACAGCUUCCCAGGGGAUAUGUUGAAGAGGGUGUUGCUGAUGCGGAUUUAGUUCUUUUGGUCACCACAAGACCAACUACUGGGAACACUUUGGCAUGGGCUGUGGCCUGUGAACGGGACCAAUGGGGUCGUGCUAUUGCUGGGCAUGUAAAUGUUGCGCCUCGCCACUUGACUGCCGAAGCAGAAACUUUACUUUCUGCUACACUGAUUCAUGAGGUUAUGCAUGUUCUUGGAUUUGACCCCCACGCUUUUGCUCAUUUUCGGGAUGAGAGAAAAAGAAGGCGUACGCAGGUACAUUGUGCUUUCUCCGAGAACUUCACUGGUUUGGAGCUUGAAGAUGGCGGCGGGCGUGGCACAUCCGGGUCCCACUGGGAGAAAAGACUCUUGAUGAAUGAGAUUAUGACGGGAUCGGUUGACACAAGAUCGGUAGUUUCUAGAAUGACACUUGCUCUGCUCGAGGACAGCGGAUGGUAUCGAGCUAAUUACAGCUCAGCUGACCAUCUCGAGUGGGGCCAUCAUCAAGGGACCGAAUUUGUUACUUCUCCCUGUAACCAAUGGAAAGGGGCUUACCAUUGCAACUCGACUCAGCUUUCCGGGUGUACGUAUAAUCGAGAGGCUGAAGGAUACUGUCCUAUAAUGAGCUACAGUGGGGAUCUUCCGCAGUGGGCCCAAUAUUUUCCACAGCCCAACAAAGGUGGGCAGUCAUCAUUGGCCGAUUACUGCACUUAUUUUGUGGCCUACUCUGAUGGUUCAUGCACAGACACUAAUAGUGCUAGAGCACCCGACAGGAUGCUAGGUGAAGUUAGAGGAAGUGACUCAAGGUGCAUGGCCUCGUCAUUAGUGCGUAUUGGGUUUGUAAGAGGAUCUUCUACGCAAGGAAAUGGUUGUUAUCAGCACAGGUGUCUAAACAACUCGCUUGAGGUCGCUGUAGAUGGAAUCUGGAAAGUCUGUCCUGAAGCCGGCGGGCCCAUUCAAUUUCCUGGUUUCAAUGGUCAGCUGAUCUGCCCUGCAUACCACGAACUUUGCAAUGUGAAGUCACUUUCUGGAUCUGGCGAAUGCCUUAAUUCGUGUCAUUUUAAUGGCGAUUGCAUUAACGGAAAAUGCCACUGCUUUAUAGGUUUCGAGGGCAAAGACUGUAGCAAGCGUUCUUGUCCUAACAAUUGUGGUGCCCAUGGCGAAUGUCUCGAAUUCGGUGUUUGUAGCUGCGAAAAUGGAUACACCGGCAUCGACUGCUCUACAGCCGUUUGUGACGAGCAAU